UGCAUUGCAGCAUUGGUGGAGUAUUUCAAGCCACAAUCUUUAUCUCACUCUAAACCUCUUCUAUCCUAUCUCCAAUCAUUUACUACUUCUGCAACUAAUUAAUUAAUUCCCCUUUGAACAUCAAUAAUUUUGUGAUCUUAAUUAGUACUUAGUAGCUGAACAAACAGUCCGCCAUGGAAGCUCUCAGAGCUUCAUCUUUCCCAUCUUUUCACCCCCCGCCGAUCUCAACAAAACUUCCCAGAACCAUUUCCGAAAAACCCAAUUUCCACAUUCCGUCAAUUCAGCAAAUUACGACGCCUCUCUCCAAAAUUCGCAGCAAGAAAGCGAAUUUCAAGGUGUUCACAGCUAUUUCUCCAACCGCCGCCCCAUCAUCAACUGAGGAAGAAUCGUCAUCGCCUGAUCAAGAAAUCGAUUCGGAAAAUAAUGAAGAGAAGUUUGAUUGGUACGCGAAUUGGUACCCAGUGGUGCCGAUGUGUGAUCUGGACAAGAGAAGGCCACAUGGGAAGAAAGUAAUGGGAAUGGAUAUAGUGAUUUGGUGGGAUAGAAAUGAGGAUGCAUGGAAGGUGUUUGAUGAUAGUUGCCCUCACAGAUUGGCUCCACUUUCUGAAGGGAGGAUUGAUCAAUGGGGCAGGUUGCAGUGUGUGUACCAUGGUUGGUGUUUUGGUGGUGCCGGCGACUGCAAACUCAUUCCUCAAGCACCCCGUGACGGCCCUCCGAUUCACACUUCGAAGAAAGCUUGUGUAGCUGUUUAUCCAACUUGUGUGCAAAAUGGCAUUCUUUGGUUCUGGCCAAAUUCGGACCCACAGUACAAAGAUAUAUUAUCGAAGAAAAAGCCUCAUUACAUACCAGAACUUGACGACCCAACAUACACCAAUUCGAUGAUAGCCAGGGAUAUACCUUACGGGUACGAAAUUCUGAUUGAAAAUCUUAUGGACCCUGCUCAUGUACCAUAUGCACAUUACGGCAUAAUGAGCGCUGGAAAAACGCCAGAGAGUUUGAAGGCCGAUAGAGAAGGUGGCAGACCCCUCGAAAUAAAUAUUCAGAAAGUAGAUAUAAAUGGCUUCACCGCAAAGCAAGUUUUCGGGGACAACUAUUUCAUUCCACCUUGUCUCUACUAUGGAUUUUUCAGUCCAGGUGGGGCUCAAACCGUGAAAAAGACAUCAUCGUCUGGAACCAAAGAUGAGGUAGUAUCACCUAUUCCACCCCAGAAAAGAGCGCUUCUUAUUUUCUACUGUGUUCCAGUUAGUCCUGGUAAUAGCAGAUUGAUCUUUGUUUCGCCUAGAAACUUUGCUGUCUGGAUUGAACGGAUUUUUCCACGCUGGAUAUUUCAUAUUGGACAGAACUUGAUUCUUGAUUCCGAUCUCUAUCUCCUUCACGUAGAGGAACGCAAGCUGAUGGAAGUUGGGUCUAUCAACUGGCAGAAAUCUUGCUUUGUCCCAACGAAGGCAGAUGCACUCGUUGUAGCCUUUAGAAAGUGGUUAAAUAAAUACGGAGGUACUAAAGUUGAUUGGGGAACUAAAUUUACCGGGCUAUUACCCCCCACUCCUCAUAGAGAGCAGCUAUUUGACAGGUACUGGUCGCAUACGGUGAAUUGUAGCAGCUGCAGUGUUGCACAUAAACGUCUAAACGUGCUUGAGAUUGCGCUGCAAGUUUUUUCGGUUUUUGCAAUUGGAAUAGUUGCAGCUGCCAAACAGGGAGUUAUCUCUGUUGCUGCAAGAUACGCUCUGUUUUCAGCGGCUGUGUUGUGUUUCGUGGCUUCGAAAUGGCUGUCGCACUUCAUCUACAAAACUUUCCGCUACCAUGAUUAUGACCAUGCUUUCCGCUAAGGGCUUGUUUGGUUAGUAGAUAAGCAAUUGUUGCUGUGAACUUUUCUGGUUGUAUCUAAUAGCAGCACAAGAACAAAUCCAUUCUUGGAACUUAGUUUAAUGCAUAUAACCUUUUUUAUAUGUAA